UCUUUCCAUUUUCUUUUCUUUUUCCCAUUUCAAAGCCAAAACCAAAAAGCCUUGUUUUUCACUCUUCCGGGUCUUCUUCCAAGUUGCAACCAAACCCCAUCUUAAAGCAAGCUCUCUCUAUUUUUCUUGAGUCGCAGAGCGGUUUUUGGUGGCCGUGGCGGUGACAAAACACCCACCAAUUCCAAAUGGAAUACACCACAAGCUCAAGGCCUCAAGAAAUCAGAGAGAAGCCGUAUUCGUAUUCCCCCAUAAACUCACCGAGGAGCAACAACAAUGGCACGACCACCAACGCCAACAGCAGCGUCUGCAGCAGCAGCAGCCCGGCGGUGGGGACUCAAAUCCCGACAACCCCGAAAGUCUCAACUCCCAGAUCUGACUCCAAUCCCUACCCGACAACCUUUGUCCAAGCUGACUCCUCGAACUUCAAACAUGUUGUCCAAAUGCUCACCGGCUCCUCGGAAACUGUCACUCACCAGUCCUCCCCCAAACCCACAGCCGCCGCCCACCACAACAGCCACCACCACCACCACCACCACCAAGAUCCAACAAUUUUGCCACCCUCCAAUAAAAACUUCAACAUCCCACCAAUCAAAACCGCCCCACCGAAAAAGCAGGGCUUCAAGCUCUACGAGCGGCGGAGCACCAAUCUCAAAAACACCCUCAUGAUCAACACCCUCAUCCCCAACUUCCAAUCGGCUUCUGGGUUUUCUCCACGUCAUCAGGAGAUUCUCUCACCGAGCCUACUCGAAUUCCCGUCACUCACCCUCAGCCCGGUGACGCCGUUGAACGACCAGUUCGACAAGUCGGCGUCGUCGCCGUCACUGGGAAAUUCUUCGUCGGAGGAGGACAGGGCGAUUGCGGAGAAAGGAUUUUACUUGCACCCGUCGCCGAGGGCUACGACGACUCCGAGAGACCCGGAGCCGCGGCUUCUGCCUCUGUUUCCGGUCACUUCGCCGAGAGUUUCUGGGUCGUCUUCUUGAUCAAAUGACGAGUAGAGAGAGAGAGAGAUGUGUAGUAAGUAAUAUUUACUGUGAGUGGGUUUUGAUUAAAAUGAUCAUCAGGAGAAGUGAAGAUUAAUGGGUUUUGGAUGAUUUUUCAAUGACAGGUACAGAUCUUUGUUUUAAUUGUACAAUUUCAUAUCUCUUCCAUAAAAAUGCUAAAAAGCUUAGCUUUCAACUUC